AUGAGUUUAAAACCGUUCACCUACCCAUUUCCAGAGACAAGGUUCCUUCAUGCAGGACCCAAUGUGUAUAAGUUCAAAAUCAGAUACGGUGACAGUAUCAGAGGAGAAGAAAUAGAGGACAAGGAAGUCAUCAUCCAGGAGCUGGAGGAUUCUAUCCGUGCAGUCUUGGCAAACAUGGACAACCUGCAGCCCUUUGUUACAGAACACUUCAUUGUAUUUCCCUAUAAAAGCAAGUGGGAGAGAGUCUCCCACCUGAAAUUUAAACAGGGAGAAAUCAUCUUGACCCCAUACCCGUUUGUUUUCACUCUGUAUGUAGAAAUGAAAUGGUUCACUGGAAAUCUGCCUUCAGGGAAACCAACAGAUGAUAGUCCUCUUGAGUUGGUCCUGGUCGAGAAGAAAGCAGAAGAAGCCACAGUGCGGAAACGAAGACUCAUGGAGGAGCCCAGCUCCCCUAGCAGGCCAGGACCACACAGGGUCAAGAUAGAGACUUCUAGUGAAGCCUUAAGCAAUCAGAAGCCCCCGAAGGAAACCAAGAGGAACAGAGAAGGAGAAGCCCAGCAAGAAUAUCAGGAUACCCCAGCUUCUGAUGCUACUGAUGUGCAGGAACAAGAUUCUAAGUUGGGGCACAGCCUGCCAGAGCUAGUUAUCCCUCCACUGCAACAUAGCAACCCACCAACACCCAAAGAACCAGGAACCAGUGGCUUCUUUGGGUUUCUAAGCACUCUCCUUCCGUUCCGGUAUUUCUUCAGGAAGAGCUGGCAGUAAGCCUGCCAGGCACCACAGCACGGUGGUGUUGGUCGGUCGGAAAGAGGACUUUCUCUUGC